CUGGUGAAGACAGCGGAGCUGGACCCCCGCAAGAACUACCUGCUGGGCUUCCACCCCCAUGGUGUCCUGGCGAUGGGGGCCUUCGUCAACUUCUGCACGGAGGCAUCAGGCUUCUCCACGCUCCUCCCGGCCGUGAUGACGCUCUCGAUGUGGUUUCACCUCCCCUUCUUCAGGGACUACCUGAUGAGUGGUGGCCUGGUGCCCUCUGACAAGGAGAGCGCAUCCUACGUGCUGCGGCGGCCCGAGGGAGGCAACUCGCUGACCAUCGUCAUCGGUGGGGCGCAGGAGGCGCUGGACGCCCGGCCGGGCUCCUUCCUCUUGCUGCUGAGGAAGAGGAAGGGCUUCAUCCGCUUGGCCAUGGAGCACGGCACCCCUCUGGUCCCUGUCUAUUCCUUCGGCGAGAACGAGCUCUACGAGCAGGUGAGCAACCCCAGGGGCUCCUGGCUGCGGCGGCUGCAGUACCAGCUCCAGCAGAUCAUGGGUGUCUCCUUGCCCCUCUUCCACGCGCGAGGCAUCUUCCAGUACAGCUUCGGGCUCGUCCCCUACCGCCGACCCGUCUACACCGUGGUUGGAAAGCCGAUUCCUGUGCAGAAGAAGCGCAACCCCUCUGAGGAAGAGGUUGAUCAAGUGCAUCAGAAAUACUUAGAAGAAUUGUCCAAGCUCUUUGAGGAGCAUAAAGCAAAAUACAACAUCCCUGAAGACAAACACCUUGAAUUUAUUUAGAGCCCCUCAUGUGAGUUUA